AUGGCGUGGCUAAGGACGGCGAUGAACAAAGCUGCCGAAGUACGCGGCAGGUCCAGUUUAAGGGCCGCUGUUCGCUCACAUGGCGGUAAUGUCGUCUCCGGGGACGCCAAGAAGGUGCAAGACCGCGGUGGAGCUCAGAACAUGAAAAACUAUAAGGAGGCAAUUAGAAAGCUCGAAGAAGUUUCAGUUUCUUCUAAUGGGGAAGAAAGAGUUCAGUUGCUAAGAAGAUGGUUAGAAGAACUAAGAAAAAUUGAAAGAUUGAAUGCAGGUUCAGCUGAGAAUGAUGAGAAAAAUGCAGAGAAACCUCAUACAUCAAGUGAUGAGAAUGAUUCUCUUCAAAAAUCAGAUAUUGUCCUAUAUUCUGAUCCAGAUCUUGGUGUAUCACCAGUGAAUUUCCGUGAUGUUUUUCUUCAUAGUCUGGCUCUUGAAGGCAUGACAAUGUCUAUGAUUCUUGGAGCACCAAAUGAGGAAGAAAUAUCGCUACUACACGAGCUAUUUAGGCUGUGUCUCACAAGAGGGGAGGAAGUCCAUGAUGUAACUGUAAAAAGGAUCCUAGAUUUGUCAAAAGCUUUCUCAGUUUAUGAUGACGAAGUGCUGGCAAAGAGGAGAGAAUUGCUUCAAUUUGCUCAAGAUGCAAUUGCUGGGCUGAAAGUAAAUGCUGAUAUAUUGAGAAUAGAUUCUGAAGUCUCAGAAAUACAUCAAAAAUUGAAAAGAAUAGAACGUCAAGAAUUUUCAAUUGAGAGUGAUGGAAGUUCUUUGGAUGCAACAAGCGAUAGAACAUUGGAGGUUAUAAAAGAAUCUGUUUCCCCCAUUCGACUUUGCUGCAGGCUGGAGUCACUUUUACUAAAAAAGAGAUUGUUGAACAACGGGGAUACACCAGAGGCUCAUGCUCGCAAAGUUGAUAAAUUAAAAGUUUUAUCAGAAUCUCUUCUUAGCUCAGCAUCUAAAACCGAAAAGCGGAUAUCAGAUCAUAGGCAACAGAAAGAAGAGGCCCUUCAUUUUCGUGUAGCCAAAACUAGUGAAAUCAGCCAAAUCGAGAAGGAUUUGGAGGCUGAAAUUAGUGUGCUCGAACAGGAGAGAGACAAACUUGAAGCUGAGUUGAAGAAGGUUAAAAGCUCGUUGGCUGUUGCAACCAUUCAACUUCAAAAUGCCAGGGAAGAAAGGGAACAGUUUGAUGAUGCUAGUAAUGAGCUUCUUGUACACUUCAAGGCAAAGGAGGAUGAACUCACAAAAGCAAUUGUGUCUUAUAAAGCAGAAGCAGAUACUUGCAGUGCAUUUGUCAAUUUCCUUGAAGCUACUUGGGCUUUCCAGUCCUCUUUUAUGGAGCAAAAGGAGAAGGUGGUCAAUGAUGAAUUGGAGAUUCAUGAAGAAUACUUUGUAAAUACGGCUAGGAGUCUUUUAUCUGCUUACAAGGAUGCACUGGAACCUGCCAUCACCAAUUUGAAGAAACAUAUGAAGAACUUGCAAAGGUAUGAGAAAUCAGUUGACCCAGAUGAUGAAUUUUUGCAAGAUAUUGAGCUAAGAAAACGCCUUGAGCAGGCAUAUCUGGCGGCAGAAGACAAGAUUAUUACAAUCUUUGAUGCAGUGGAGAGUGUUAGAGAGCAGUUUUACAGUGCAAUUGAUAAUUAUUCUAGGAAAGAUGUUGAACCAGUUAAUGAGUUAUGUGAUGCUAUUGAAAAUAUCAAAAAUGGCUUUCAAUCCCUAGCAAGACCAACUUUGAGAAGCGAUAAGCCAACCCAGGGAGAACAGGCGUCAUCAAAGGAAAGCCCUCGUAAAGCUUCAUCUCCCAAGCGUGCACUGGCAGUAGAUUUAAAAUCCAUUUUUGGGCAGAAAUUGGUAGCACGAUCUCCAAAAAACAAACCAUAUAUACCUUUAGGUGGCAGUUGCGAAAACUCUCCACAUCUGAAUGAUGAUACCAAGCCAGUAGAAAGAGAGCUAGAGAAGGAACAAGUAAGGGGGGAUGAAAAUUCAUCGCACCCCAAUAAAGAACCAUCAACAUUGGCCUCAGAAAGUGAGAGAGAAAAUAUAGAACACUCCACAUUAGAUGUUGGUGGGAACUGUGAUAAAAACAAAACAGAUGAGGGUAAAUUGCUCCAGCCUUCUGCCAGUGUGAAAGAAAGGUCAUUAGGCGUUGAUAAAGCACUAGUGGACUUGAACAAAGAUCUCGAGAAAGAAAGUAGGGAGCAGUUAGCCGUGGACAAUGGCCGGAACAUGGACAUAACAGAAAGCCAAGAAAGCAAUAUGGGUCGAGUUUCUACGAGUGAGGACGAAAAGUUUCUAGAACCUACCCAAGAUUUAGGAGAAAAAGAAUCUGUAAACCCUGAGACAACAGAAUCUGAACAAGGGAAGACGUCCCAGCUUUCUUCAAGUAAUGGUGAAAGGUCAUUAGACCCUGAUAAUGGGAUGCCUAUUUUGCCAAAAGAAUCAACAGAAGUCAGUGGGAACACCAAAGAACAAGAAAUAUCCCAGAGUUCUUCCACAAGCGAGAGUGACAAGUUAACAGACUCUGAUGACGAACCAGAAAAAUCAGUUUAGGAGUUGAAAAAGAUGAGCAACCAGAUAAGUUAGUGGCUGGGAAUUCGAUGAACUUGAACAGCUUAAUCAGCGAUUUGCCCAAAAAGUAGGCCAUAAUAGCCCUGGUAAGGGUGCUGAUUUUGACACUAACAGAGAAAGGCAAAGCUUGUGAAUCACAUAGAGAUG